AUGUGUCGAAAUUACCAGUUACUAAAAGCUCUAGAUGCACCUCGAUUUGUGUACAGAUACUCAAGAACUAGGAGCACAGUCCCCAGAUUACAAAAUAAACUAGAAUGUAGGGUUUUAGCACAGAGAUACUCCAAAUAUCUAUCGGAAUACAAUACAUUUGCCCUAUUCCAAUGGCAUUCUCCAAAGGACUUAAAAUUUGAUAAGGACUACUUUUGGAAGGAAUUUGCACAUGAUGUAUCUUCUUCAAAUCAAAAUGCCAUUUUUCUCGAAGAUAAAGUCCAUAACGAAGCUAUGAACAAUUCUCUGAAAUCUUCCAUAAUAUCACCAAGUGACGAUACUGAAUAUCGUUGUACAUUCCAAACUGUCUCUGAGCCCCAUCCAAUCGAAUAUAUGCUUCGAUUGACGGGGAAACCCAAUACAAAACUACAACUACAUACUCUCGGAUUAAGAACAGAGGGCAACAUUAUUGCAUCUUACAUUCAAUCUCUACUGGAAGAGUCAGAGAACAUGUACAAGGAUCUUUCAUACGAGAAAUUAUUGUCAAUUGCCAAAAGAUCAAGGUCUGAUAGGGACAAACCUAUUAAAGAAUUGCUAAACAAUUUAGCAGAGAAUGGAAUUACGAAUUCAAGAAUAAUGGGGACGGAACAAUGGCUAGUACUUUCCAAGGCAUAG